UCGAGUGGGGGGCAAUCGAAUGGCAAACACAUCUGUCAGAAGGUAGAAGAAGAAGCAACAAAUUCGCUUAAAUUUAUUUUCCCGAAUUGAAUUGCGAAAAAACCGUACAGCGUAUCCCAUCCGGAACCAGGAGAACGUAACCGCAGUGGCGCACCUCCGGAAUGGCCACGGAGCAGCAUCACCAGCAGCGCGUCCUCAAGCAAGAUGGCUACUUGGAUUUGGGCGACUGUAAUAGCGCUCCAGCUCCCUUCAAAAGGCGCAACGUCGUCUAUCAUCCGCAACUGAAUGUCCUCCUGCUGUUCGACAACGGCAGUACGGUCAAGGUCCUGGACGCCAACUCUGGGGUGAUCCUGCAGACCUACCAGCUCAGUUCCAAUGGCGACAGCAUCGUUAAUGGUCGCUAUAUGCCCCUGCAGGACAAGAUCUUGUUCUGGGAUGGUCAUAAUCUUGGACUGCGGGGCGAUUACAACGGCGUCCUGCUGCUGGACACCAUUCUGCAGGCGCCGAUUGGCCAAAACGAUGACUACAUCAAACUGGAGAUUAUCCUGUCGGAGGCGAUCAUCUUUCAGAACUGCAUUACCGAACUGGAGAGCGAGGGUCUGGAGUGUCCCUGUGACAUUAGCAACGAGCUGACGCAGAAGAUUAACCAAGCGCAGCUGAAUGCCAAGAAGGGCAUCAAGGCCCAGCGGUGGAAUACCAUAUGCUUGGAGGUGCCCUAUUCCAGUCUUAAGCUGGUGUCCAACAAUGUGGUCAUCCUACUGAAGCGCCUGGAGCGCCACAUUCCCGUGCUGGCCAUCGCCUCGGCCAUCAAUGAGCGCCUCACCGACAUGCUGAUGGGCUCCCGGGUGCCAGACUUUGGCUGGAAUUUCAGUAACUUUCAGCGCGUGCUCAUGCACUCGGAGGCAGUUCGUCGCCAGACGUUUGAGAAGUGGCCCCAUAUGGACUACAAGUGGGCUCUGCCCGAUCAAAUGGCCCAGGCCGGGUUCUACCAUCAGCCAUCUUCCUCUGGCGAGGAUCGCGCCAUGUGCUUCACCUGCAACGUGUGUCUUGUCUGCUGGGAGAAGACGGAUGAGCCGUGGAGCGAGCACGAGAGACAUUCACCGCUGUGUCCCUUCGUCAAGGGCGAGUACACGCAGAACGUGCCGCUGUCCAUAACCUACGCCACCAAUCCCGCAUUGCCAGCACCCGGACUAGGAUUCGACAUCAUCUCCAACAGUGAUUAUGCGAAUGUGCUCUGCACCAGUUGCUCUCAAACGGGAGAGCUGAGCGUUUGGAGCAUUGAACGUCACCUGAAGCUGAUGCACAGCAUACAUGUGCCCACAUUGCUAAAGGACGUCUUCGAAGAGAGCUUCGAGUGGGCGCGGGUGACGGCCAUCUGUGUUCUGCCCAAUGCACGAGCCCGCACCAAGGUAAACUACGUGUAUUCGGCAGCAAAUUAUGGCGGAGCCGGCAGCAGCAGUGGAGUAGGAUCACAUUCGGGAUCAAAUGCGGUGUCUAGUGGAAAGUUUGGCAGUGUGAAUGCCCAGCACAUAACCUCCACGUCCACGCUUCGCGCAGGCGUAGUGGGAUCAAAGAUCGUCUUAGGCGUCAGCGUGCGCCAGAGCAGCGGCGAGCUGGCCCUGCGCAUGGUGGUGCUCAACAUCGUCGAGGUGGACCGAAGCAGUGAGACCUCGACGAGCGUCAGCAACGACAGUGGCAGCGUCUCCAGCGUUGGCGGUCAGUUAAUGAAGUCCUCAUCCCCAAUGGUCAACGUCUCCGGCGAAAACAAUGCGGCCGUGACCCAAGCGAAUCUCGAGUCCAAAGAUGAUGAUAACAAGGCUAUGACCCCAUACGAAAAGUUCACCGAUGGCUUCGAUAGCAACGGAUUUGUGUCCGCCCUGAUGACAUACAACAAGAACAACGGAGUUAGCCAAAACACCGACGAUGCCUCCGUUUUGUACGAUUUCGAUUUGUGCACCUUGUCCCAGAUCCUCGAUCACAAUCUGGAGGAACCGCUUAGCUUAAUGGUCGGAUCGAAUACGGUGAAUGUUAGUAAUCUUGGCAUGUGCAACGAGAUCGAUAAACUGGUCGAGGAUGUGGAGAUGACUCACCAGAACAACAACAAUAAUAACAACAACAAUGAGGCUAAUUCCCUGGGCGGAAAUUCGUCGAAUAACAAUAAUAACAUCAUGAUCAACGGAAGCACCACCAGCAGCAGCGACAAGAUGUCGGCCACCGAGGAGAUUGACUGUGUGGUAGAGAGUUGGACGAGUGUAAAGCGCAUGAAUGCCUUGGAUGGUGCCAGUAGUGGGGCGAAUGGUGUGACCCACUCGGUGCAGGAGAUUAUCGAGAUAGCCGAGAUCUUGCCCACUACUCCGAAAUGCAACCAGCUGCUGGUUAAAUUGCUGCGCACCAAGGCGCCGGAGACGGAGGGCAGUAAGAUCAUCAUGGCCACCGUGGCCAAGGAGGAAGAGGAGGAGGAUGAGGAGCAACAGGCAGAUGAGUCAAUGGACACAGAUAACAAUGCGGAGGGUAAUGUGGCCGCUCAGCUAUUGGUGUUCGACUACGACGACACUCAGAUAUCCAACGAUUACACCCUGGCCAUGACCUUCAGUCGGGCCAAGUGCCCCAAGCAGCUCUGCAUCCUGCCGCACUUCAGUUCGUCUCCGGAGAACAAGGAUGCCGGAUCCAUAUGCGUAGUUUGUGCAGACGGAAGCGUUGAGAUUUACUCGCUCGCCGAUUUCCAAGGCACCAUGGUGAUCGAGGAGGAGGGCGAGCACUUUGAGUCGGUGGUUUAUUGCCGGAAUCUGGAUAGGCUCUGCUGUUGCUCACGCCAGGGCGGCCUGCUCUUCUACUCGCUGAGCGAGGGGGAGAACGAUUCCGGUGACGAACUGCUGGAGAUGGAGGAUGACUGCAGUACCACGUUAACGCAGGUAGCGGAUGUAAGUGUUACGGAUGGCGCGCGCCAUUUAGCUGGAACAGAUCUUUUGGGCAAGACCCUGCUCGCCAGCGAUUCCAUUUGCGUGGAUGUUGGCAGUGAAGCGGCAGCAGCGUUGAACUCGUCAGGCGCCCACGUCCAAACGUCGCCAGCUUCCAUGGCUUCCAAUGCCAACCUGCUUGCUUACAAGACGGCCGACCUGACACUCGAAGACCUGAAGGUCUUCUACGCUCUUACUCAGUUUGACGAUAAGCUGACCGUCUACUCUGCCGAAGUGCCCAGUUGCUGGAACGAUCUCGGCCAGGUGCAGAAGCAGCGCAAACAGUCGCAGAAUAUGCGGAAUGGAGGCGACGAACGGGAUUUCACACGCACCUGGCGGCUGCACAAUGAUGCAACCACCUGGGACGAACAUAUUAUAGAGCUCAAUUUAGCCCAACCCGUUUCUCUGGGUCACAUCGAUCUUAAGUUCACGGUCUAUCAGCAAUGCUCAAAUCCCGCAGCUAUCCAGGUCACCCUACUGAAACAGAACACCAACGGAUUUGGCUACCGAAUGAAGGGACCUCAUUCGAGUUAUAAGCCAAAUGUCAUUAAUGACAACAUUGAUCUCUCUUAUAUUGCCAACGAAAAUCCAGUGCUGAGUGAGGAGUAUUUACUAGCCCACAAUGCGGAGGUUUUGGCCGGUCCCAUUGAGCUCUCCUCAUGCAUUGAUCUGUGCGAUCAGGGAGGCACCGCCACGCUCACUUCCCCGAAACUGUUCAAGACCCGCACGAGGAACUUCCUGCUGCACAUCAAAACAGUGUCGGACCCAUCGAAGGAUGGUCAGAACAAAACGAGAGGCUGCGACUGGCUGCACGAGAUUUCCAUCAGUGUGCGAGCGGUCAAGUCGCACAGUCGGAUCAGUAAUGGCCGCAUGCAGCGCAUAGCCAUGCUGGAGAGCAAUGUGUUGCUGGUUCAGCUGUUGCGCAUCGCCAGUGAUCCGGCUUCCAGUCCGUUGGCCAAGAACAUGUCGCUCGACGUCCUCAAUUGGAUUUGCUUCAUCAGGCUGAACCGUUUUCGCUCACCCAAAUCGGAGCGGCUUAAGGACCAGAUCAACAAGCAAACAGCAGCAAACAUCCAAGACCUGCUGGCGCAGCAGUUCGAGUGCAUUUCCCUCGCCGAGAAGCAUAUCGAGCAGUUGCUGCGGAACUGCGUUAUCUACAGCGAACGCAGCACGGCCCACAAGUGUGUUAAGCUGCUGAUCAUGUUGACAGAGGGUGCAACCAAUCUGCCAGCAGAGGUGCAGGAUCACACAACGCUGGACUAUAGCUUCAAAUCGGCGAUUGCCAACACAUUUCCGGAACUACCGCGUGCGCAGUGCGGCAGCGUUGUGCGCUGGUACAUGAUGCUUACCUGUGCCACAUCCACAGCCCAGUCGAACAACAGCAUCUCCGAGCAGGCUAUCAAUCUUCUGAAGGAUAUUGCCACAGAAAUCGACAAGCGCUGGGAUCCUCACUGUGCUCUGUUGAGCACGCGCUUCGGCCUCUACGGAUAUCCCUUCGAGCCGGAAAUAUUUGAUUUUGACUUCCCCAACGUGAGCAGACAGGGUCCCGGCUCAUCGGUGGCCCUUACAAAUGUGAUACGCAGCAGUUCUACUAUUCUGCCGGUGACGGGACUGGACAUUAAGCGAUUGAGCUCCAUAGACGGCGUUGACUUUCGUACGUUUCCAUAUCUGAUCCGAGGAAAGAGCAUCAGUAACCAACUGCGUGGAUUGUUAGAGGUGGUACAGCUGCACUUUAACUGCGUCCAAACCUCUGAGGCAACUCGAAUCGACAACAUCGACAGUGUUGGAGGGAACUCCGCUGCCAAUGUGGUAAUUGAGGAUGUGAUGAUGAUGCCAAAGUUGGUGGUGGCCAAGGAGAAAGGCGAGGAAAUGCUCAACGACCUAGUUAACGAUGUGGAAUGUUUGGUGGAGGAGAUGAAGGAGAAACAGGGCAAGGUCGAUUACGAUGCCUUUGGUUUGGUCAACGGGUUCAAGGAUAAAACAUGGUCCUCGCUCGCAGACUCCCUCGAACACGCUCUGAAAGAAGAGGUUAAAAUAGAAAAAGCGGCCAUCAUGGACAAGCUAAAAAUGUCCAAGUUCCUGCCCAAGUUAUCGCUAUUCGAAAGUUACAUGCAGAAAAAGAUAUACGAGCACAUCUCCUUCGAUGACUUUGGCAAACUAGACAACUGGGAUGGUAACACAUCGCCACCGUUUAAUUUGGAGAUGGGAGCCCCCAUUGAAGGCCAGGAAACUACUCCUGACCCCAAUCCGUCUCAGCAGUCGACAGGAACAGGAGGUGACGGCAUACUGGACGAUGCCGCGGAGAGCGAGAAGAUCAUGGAGAAUCUAAACGCCAAUCCUUGCCAACCGAUUGCCUGGCACAAGCUAAUCACUCCCCCGCCCAAGCAGAUGAUCGUCAUCGAUCGGAUGCACUCGGGUGCUAGACGAUUUGUGGUACUGGACUUUGGCCAGCAUAUUCUGCUCACGGAUCUGGUGAUUCCCUCGUGCGAUGAACUGACUUCCCUGAACAUUGACAUCUGGUGUUUUGACGAGGAGACAGACUGCACCCGUUUGGUGCAGGUGAAUGAUAUCCAGACCAAGACACUUGUGCUCAGCGACAUUCAGCCGGCGCCUAUUUGCCGGUUCUUAAAAUUAACCAUUAUUGGCCGAAUUGGGAUGUCGUCCACAAAGUGCAAAGUACCCCUGGGACGCUUCUUCGGUCAUCCGGUGGUGCUGGAGCACGACGGCUACGGGGAUCAGCUGAUGAGGUUCAUCAAGCAGCCCACUCAGAGCCUUCAAGCGCAAUUAAAGUCGCUAAAUGCACUGUACGAGGAUGUGCAUUGCCGUUACAGCCUGGCCAGCUGUAAACUAAUGGAUCUGCUGGCUCCCAUGCGGAAUAGUGAGCUGUCGAACGUGGCUCACCUGCAGGCCUUCAUCAACAAGCAGCGCGACGAGGAGCUUAGUGGCCUGGAUAACAACAAUAAGGUGGUUUCACUGUACGACGAAUGCAUGCUUCUGCAGUAUCAAAUCAAUGUUAUCCGGAAUGUGGUGCUGCGUUUGGAACGAGCUCUUUCCCCCAACGCGUUGAGUAGCACGCCUCUUCCGGGAGAGCCGAUUCCAAUAACGGAGGAAAUACUGCGUGCUGCGUCGCGGGACAAGCUACGAGUACUCAGUCUGAGUUUGGUGGAGGUGCUUCUGCACUUCUCCAUCGAGUAUGGAAUUAAGAACAUCUUGCCUGUUCACCAGAAAUUCAAUGCGGCCACGGCUAAGGCGCUUUUCAACUCGCUGGUAGUCUACGGCGAUGCACAACUGCAGUUGGCCACUUGCUCGUUGCUGGUGCGGAUGUGCUGCUUCCAGCCAUGGUGGGGAGACUUCCUCGCUGACACCUUCUGCAGCCUGUUCUCGGCGCAGAACUGCAAGGCUUUCCCCCAGGAUCGCAUAUUCUUUUUGCUUACCUACCUGGGACGUCGCAGCAUUGCCAUGGGCGCCUGCCGAUCCAUUGUGAUUGACGCCGUGCUCAAGACGCUCGUCAAGCUGUUGGCACCCAUCUCCCCGCACUACAAAUAUCAGUCGGAGCAGCCCAGCACGUCUGCCAAUGCUGCUGAUCGCAAUGCAGCCAUGGGCACCACAUCCGAUCUUCAACUGAUCACCUGGCUACUUCUGUUUCUAUCCGUGUGCCUCGACGACAACGAGCGCAAGGAUAAAUCAGCUGCUCGCUGGGACUUUAUGAGCUGUGAGAGCGACUUCACCAAGACCAGGCCCAGCAACACUCCCAACAGCAAGCAGUUGCGCUGCUUUAAGAAGCGCAUCAUCCAGCAGAACAAGUACUCGGUGCAACCUUACACGGAUUGGGGAAAGAAGAUUUACAUGAUACAAAAUGAGCAUCCUGGUAUAUUUAUGGAGCUCUCAACGAAAUCAAAGGGCAGUGGACCUACCAAGUCGACAUCCACCGGUGGCAAGAUCAAUAUGGCUGGCCUCUGUGUUGGUGGUAGCAGUACAAGUAGCGGUGCAUCCAAGAGUACGGUGGCCUCCUCAUCCUCGCCUAAGCACCAGGAUGUCACUGGUAGCGAUGGCGAACGAGACAGCAAUUUUGACAAGGGCUUAAAGACACUGCGAAUGGCCAACAUCAAGGUGGUUAUUCGCGGGCUCUUUGCUCUGCUGCUGGAAAUGGAUUUCGAUUGCAACAUGGACCAGUUUCUGCUCACCUGCAAGGUAAUCGCACGUCUGGUGGCCGCUUGCAGACCGUCUGUGCAGCUCUGUAAGAUUGUGACCACCGCCCAGCUGGAGCAGCUUGUACGUCUAUCCGUGUGGAAUGAUCAGCAGCAGCCCUGGGCUGUCCAUGCCAUUACGUGUUUGCUUCAGGACCUUUUGGAUGCAGACAAGCAGUUCAGAGACAACGAUGUCACACCCACUAAUGACACACCACGAACCAUGGAAGCCACAGUGCAGGAAACACGAGAUUUAUUCAACGACUAUACCUCCACUGCUUCCUCGUGCACUGAGGCACAAUUCGAGAUGCUGAUGCCGACAGCAAGAGAAUUUUAUCAAGAGGCCGUCAAAUACAAUUACUUGCCAUCAUUGAUUGAAUGCGAUGACACGGAAUUCGACGAGAUGCUGAAUGACAUCGACAUGAUCGAGCGUACGAAGCCAGUGACCAAGAAGGAGAGCAACGCCCUUUGCAAGAACACCUUCAAUUUCUUCUGCAAGUCCAUCUCCAUAGCCCUGGACUCUCGGUUGGACGUGGGCCUGGAACUGCACGUGGAAACGCAGCUAAGAAGGCUCACGAAUCGCACUUCCCUGGAUCUCUACUCCUCGCUGCCUCAGGUGCUGACCAAUGAGUUUGUCUCUCCGCCACCGGAGGCUGCUCCUUGGCCAGAGUACUUGACGCAGCUGUGGUCGGGUACAGAGUACAAUGGCCGCAACACAUAUGUGAUGUUCAAGAAAGUCUUCGACUCCAUCCUGGCGGAUUUACACUAUGAAGACACUUGGGUGCACUUGGAGCAGGUGCUGCAGAUGUGGCUCACGCUGAACUGCGAGCUCUCCGACAAGCCAUACACCAGUGGCAUCACCAACACGGAUGUUCCGAAGAUUCCGUUUGGUGCCAAUGCCGUGCAGGGAUUGCUCCUCGCUUUGGCCUGGCACAAUGACAUCAAGCUGCGCACCUGGUGUCUGGGCUUCCAGUGCCUGUUCCUCGCCUGCAACUCACUGCCCAUCGGCGAGGAUGCGGACUGCACUCGCAUCAACGAGGUCAUUGUGAAUGAUGAGAACUUUGAGAAGAUGCUGCUGCGCUUCUUCUCUGGCUAUGGCAUGAGCUCCUCUAUAAUAACCAACCGAUGUGCUGGACCAACCAUUUGCAAGCACCUGCAUGAGUUGCUGCUUUGGCUGCACAGCAAAAGCGAGACCAGUGGCAUUCCCUGCAAGCGCCGGUUGAAGGACAUUUUGCUGCAUGUUGUCCUCCAAUUGGUGCAACCUGGUGGCGCUAUUAGCAACCAGCAGGGACCCAUCGAUGCCCAGAAUCAGCUGGUUCGUGAUCUGCUAAUGAUGCCCAACGACAAGGGAGAUCUCAACAUAGCCCUCAAGAUCACCGAAAGUGUUUCUUUCCUGGUGUACAACAACAUUUCCAAUGGUGAGAAACUGCAGUGUCAGCGUGGAAAUGAGAACAAUACGGCUGGCAACAACUUUAGCAAUCUGUUUGCCAAUGUUUUGGGAUCGGAAAAUCCCGCCAAGCAGAAUGCCACAAUCUGCGACAAUUCGCUUAUUAUAAAUCUGCUGAAACUAUCGUCGCACAUGGUUUUGACGGAGAUGCCCAGGCAACCAAGUGAGGUUACCAUACCCGAGGAGGAGGAGCUGUCCAAUCAAAGUCAAACGGAUGAGACCAAAGCAGAACAGUUAAAUACCGAAGGACAUCGCAGCAAAGUACCAUGCAUUGCGGAUUGGGUUCUGCGCCAUUUCCCCACAAUGAAGCGCCUCUUUGGAACGCUUUCCCAGUGCUCUACAAACACUUUCACCAUGAUGUCCACUGGCUGCUUUUUCUCACUAAAGUCCAAUAUGGUUUUGGAUGAUCCGCAGACAAUUGCAGACGCCGUCUUUAGUUUGAUGAUAACCCUCAGCGAUAAGGCGUCCAAUCCUCGACUGGUUGUGGCACCCAUUUGCCAAUACCUUGAAGAAACCACCAUUCAAAGAAACGCAACGCUGCCGCGUCUGCCGCUCUCGGAACCCUUCCUGUGGUACAUCUCAAAGGUCCUGGAGGUCACAGCGGCAGUUCAGACGUUUACCCAGUUGGGUGGAAUUCAGAUUAUCUGUCACAACUUGGUGCGACUGAAUAAGACGAUCAUCAAUAUGCAGCCAGGACUGAUCUCUUUGAUUAUGCAGCACUUGACGCGCCAUACACGCUUCAAGCGAAACAGUCAUGUGGCGGCGAACAGUGCGUGCAAAAAGACAACGACUGGCACGGGCACAACAGGCGCAACGGCAGCCCAGCCGCCGAGGAGCGGUGCUCAGUACGAUGGAUUGAUAAACUUUGCACCCUUUUCGCACAUUGUCUCCGAAAACGAUGCGGCCCAAAGUGCAGAGGUGCUAAUCUCUAAUCCCAAUAAUUCGCAUCGAAGACCACGAUCGCCAGCGUGGAGCUACAUGUUCUAUCCAAAUGAGACGCACGUGGAUCUGACUAUCACGCUGCCCACGGCGAUUCUGCUGAAGGAGGUUCAGCUGGUGCCGCACACAACGAGUCUGGCAUCCUGCCCCUCGGCGGUGGCGCUGGAGUUGUCAAGAGAUUAUGGGGUGGGCUCCAUCCCAGUGGGUGCACCCAUGGCCACCACUGGGCUGACCUGCAUCAGGCUGAAGUUAGCCAAGGCGGAGGUGGCUACCAGCAUUGUUCUGAGGCUUUACAAACCCAAGGAUUGUGGCAAUGUAGGCCUCGUACAAAUCGCUGUGCUUGGCCAGACAAUCUUCGGGAAUCGCAUGCAGGGGCUUCGCUCGCCAAGUCCAUUUAUCGAUUCUCUGGCGUCAUGCUCGUCGCCCUUGCAAACGGCAGCUUUGGCCGCCAUGGAUGCGGAUGCCAUGCUAGAGGACGAUGCCUUUGCCAAAACGAGCAUUGGCUGGGUGCGGAUCCUAUCGCGCUGCUUCCAUGUGGCCGCCUUGCAACCCGACAGCAAGCUGGCGGACCUGAUCGCCGCCUACCCGGCUGCAUAUCCGGGUUUCCUAGAGGCCUGCUGCUCACUGCUCAAUAUAAUGCCAAUGAUUCCAAGUCUUGCUCAGCAGCACCUGGAGACCAUUUUGCUUAAGUUGGGCGCCUACAACCACGAGCUCAGCUUGCAGCUACUUCGCACGCUCCUGUGGCACACAACUCCACAAGUUUUCAAACUCUCCAGCGAUGCUGUGUGCGAUCUCAUCCACGAAGUGGUUACCGGCUCGACGGAGCACCUGCUGGACAAGUUGCGCGUCCUGAUCGACUGGGUGAUGCAACUGCACGAUAACUACAGCCAGCAGGCGCGCUGUAACAAUCCACAAAGUGGAUUUGUCAAGGUGAUUGCCUCUAUUCUGUGGAAAGUGCAAACCCAGCAGCAACUACCCGAGCUGCCACUCCUCAUUUCAUCGUCGCUGUUCGAGACCUGUUUCGAAUGGGUGUCAUCGCUGGAGAACGAUGAGCCUCUGAAGAGUAGUUUCGACUCCCUGCUGUGUGCAUUGUGUUACAUUAAGCCGGAGCUGUUUAACCAGCUAUUGGUCAAGUUGGGUGUGAAACUGGAACCUCCGGCUCGCGGACAGACGGAUGACAGCAAGGUGCAGAGCGGCAGUGCUUGGUUCCGGCGCGAGGGCAGCGAGAAUCUAACAGUUCUGCUGCAGCGUCCCACAUUCCUGAAGACUCUGGCCCUGGCUUGCCAGUCUCCGGCGGCAGUUUACCAAAUGCUGGACUCGGGACUCCCCAAGCUGUUGUCCCACGCCAUAUACGAGUAUUGCAUGCACCUGUUGCCCGGUUCGGAGCAAGAAGUUUCCACAUCCACAGUCGCUGCGGGGGAAGAGGAUUCCGCAGCCAGCAAUCCGGUUGUUGCUCCAGCGGAUGAUGAGGACUCCUCGCUAACAGACUUCGACAAGGCCGGAGCAAGUGUAAGCCAUAACACUCCACUGCUGAGUAGCUCGAAUGUGCCCAAAGUGCUUGACUUCUUCGCGGAGUGCUGUGCCGAGGGACCGAUGCGAGAUUGGCUGGGCACCAUGCAGGGCUCCGUGUUCUGGAAGCCACUGCUGCAGCUGCUCUGCAACACACAUGCCGCCCAGUUCAGCAAGACGCUGCCCAUGCAGCAGUCCUUCAUCCGCUUGGAACGGGCCACCAUCAACUUCUUUACGCGGGUGAGCGCCUGCCAUCCUGGCAACCAGGAAGUGCUCACAUCGCUGCUCAUCGGAGCCAUAAUUUGCAAGCCGCUAAGGUCUUCACAUGGGGUUCGACCCACAAUCUCUGGAUUCACCAGACAGCUGGUGCUGCAGCUUCUCCUGGAGAACGAGCACAUCACCGUGUCGGUAAGGAGUCAGCAGCCUUUGCAGCGGAGGGACACCCUCUCGGCCAUCUUGGGCGGGAAUUCGAGUGGUGCCAGCACUAGCUUGCCCGUGGCAGCAGUAAAUAACCACCCGGCCAAGCGGAGCAGCGCCCACCACAUGCUGUUCACGGUGACCACCAGCACCACGUGCCAGGAGAUUAUGCAGAAUUGCGUUAGUGUGUAUAGUAACCUAGUUUAUCAACAACCAACAGAUCAACGAGCUGGCGAGGCGUCGGCCUCCAGCAGUGGCGUGUCGAGUGCGACUGCCAAGUCGAGUGACAGCAAGCUGGAGAAGAACAGCUUCCUGAACUUCAACAACGUUGAGGCGGGCAGCAUGGAGUUCCUCACCGUUGGAGCAGCUGUGGCAGCCAAGGACAAGCGAAUAAAGGAUGCCAAGAACCAGGCGGCCAUGAACAAAGACAAGGAGACUCAGACCAGCUCCAUGAACUUGGCUUCCAAUAUUUUCAACGUUGAAGAGUUCUUGCUGCAAUCGGCGAAUGCAGCCAAUGGCAAUCAGUUGGUUAUACCAGAGUAUUCGGAUAUCCUUUUGGCUGGAGAUGCGACCAUUUCGCAGGUGUUGGCCUCUCUCCAGGAUGCAGGACAUUCGCUGUCGACGCCCUGCAUUUCGCUCGACCUGGUGCCCCAGCAGCGAGCGGAUGAUGCGAGCGAGGCCAAGAAGACCAAGGCCGCCUGCACUGAGCCGUUGCCAUCGCCUCUGCAACGAUUUUCUAGCAGCGGCGGCCUUUCGCUACUCGCCCACUACCUGCCCACCGUCUAUCCGGAGCACUCGGGCAGGAAGACCACCUUGGUGGUUAGCGAAAAGGAGAAGAGUCCGCCGCUCUCUGACUGGGUGAAGCUGGAGCCGAACGACGAGAUCUACGAGGAUCUGGAGGACACCAUCUGCGAGCCGGCGGCAAAGCAAGCAACUGUCAGCUCGGUGCCGCAGCACUCGCUAGCCGCAUUCGGAUUGUUCCUGCGACUGCCUGCCUACUCCGAUGUCUUGCUGCGAGACAAGAUGCGAGCGCAGUGCCUUCUUCGUUUGGUGCUGGGCGUCACGGGAGACGGCGAAGGCAAUGAUAUAUACAGUCUAUCGCUGGCUCCCUCGUUGCCCACCCUGCCCUUCGAGGUGUUCCGGCAGCUUCUGGAUAGUGUGCCUCUGUCGACCGACGACGGCGUGCUACUGCGUCGCGUAGUCAUCGAAGUGGGAGCCAUGCACCUGGUGCUCAACUGCCUGGGUAUUUUCUCGCAUCAGUCGCACAACAACAGGAUUGGAGCACCGAUCAACGAGCCCUCGCCAAGUGGAGCCAGCAGUGGCAGUGGCACCAAUAUCGCCAAUGGCAGUGGAAACGGAAGUGCUAAGGCAAAUGCACCGGAGGAGGCCACGCCCAGUGCAACGUCGGACGAUAAGAGCCACAUGUACUGGGCCAAGGGUACGGGUUUCGGCACCGGUUCUACCACCCAGUCGUGGAAUGUGGAGCAGGCGCUGCUGCGGCAGAAGAGCGAGGAGGAGCACGUGACGGUGUUGCUGUUGGUUCUGGCCAGUUACAUUAAUCCGGGUGACUGCAUACCGAGUGACAUGUGCGGCGAGGACAUCCUGGCCUAUCAUGAUGUCAGAGAUGUUACCGGCGAGCUGCCGCCCAUCUUCCAAACACUCCUGCAGCAGUCUUGCCUAAUCCCCGCCCUCAGCUCCUACCUGCGAAACGAUUCCGUGCUGGACAUCACGCGACACAUUCCGCUGUACCGUGCCAUACUGAAGCUUCUGCGCGCCCUGUCGCUGUCCAAGAUGCUCGUCUCGCUGCUGCAGCCGGCGGCCAGUGGCAGUGGGGAGAGCACGCCGCCCAUAGUGGAGCUCCUCACGAACAUGAAGACCUGCGUGGACACGUACGCCAAGCGGCUCAAAGUCAACAAGAAGUCGAACAUCAAGGGUCAGACACAUCAGUUGACCUUCAACAUCGAUGACGGCGACGAUGAGGGACUGGCUCUGCUCAUUCCGGACAUCCAUGAGACAAGCGUCUUGGUGCAGAAGACCACGGAUGCGGAUGCCCUGAUCAACAUGCUGCACACCAACGAGGACGGCAGUGGGCAGCUGGAGCCGCUAAGUAAAUCCAUUGAGCAGCGCUACCUGGAGCUGAUGAAGAAGCGCCAGUUCGACACAUUCGACAUGAUUGUCGAGUCGGAUAACAACAGCUUUCGGUUUGUGGUCUCGCACCACUUUGAGAAAAUGGUGCGGCUCGCCGGCGAUCGCUACCAUCCGUCUCGGGUCAAGCGGCUCGCCCAGGAGGCGGUGACCCUGUCCACCAGCCUGCCCCUCAGCUUUAGUAGUUCUGUAUUUGUGCGCUGUGAUACGGAUAGAUUGGACAUCAUGAAGGUACUCAUUACUGGUCCGGCGGACACGCCAUAUGCCAACGGGUGCUUCGAGUUCGAUGUCUUCUUUCCGCCGGACUACCCCAACCAGCCCAUGCUCAUCAAUCUGGAGACCACGGGCCGCCAUUCUGUGCGCUUCAACCCCAACCUCUAUAACGACGGCAAGGUGUGCCUGUCGGUUCUGAACACCUGGCACGGUCGGCCCGAGGAGAAGUGGAAUGCGCAGACCUCGAGCUUCCUGCAGGUGCUCGUCUCCAUUCAGUCGCUCAUACUCGUCCCCGAGCCGUAUUUCAAUGAGCCGGGCUUUGAAAGGAGCCGCGGUACACCGAGUGGCACCAACUCGUCGCGGGAGUACAACAGCAAUAUCUAUCAGGCAUGCGUGCGGUGGGCGAUGCUGGAGCAAAUACGCAGCCCAAGUCACUGCUUUAAAGAUGUCAUUCACAAGCAUUUCUGGCUGAAGCGGGAGGAAAUCUGCGCCCAGAUCGAAGGCUGGAUCGAGGAGCUGGGCAAGCCUCAGUACACCGAGAGGGCUAGUCGCACUAUUUCCUUCAACUCAAUGGUCCUGCGGCGUCACUAUCGACACCUGCGUGAGGAGUUAUCCAAGCUGAAGCCGCCUCGUGGCCUCGAGGACUUGGAUGCGCCGUUCAAUCCGGUGGCCACGCUGCCACCGAUGGAUGUCUCGGCGGCUCCUGCAGCGGCAGCCGCCACAACGACCCAGGCGGGAACAGAUGAUGCGAUAGUGCCGGACAUGAACCUGCUCGGCGAGACAGCGGAUGAUUGCGAAGUUGAUGGCGAUGCCGAAGGCGACGGCGAUGUGGAUGACGGCUUCAAGGGGUUCCCACAGGAGGAGGGCUUGCUGACGGGAGAAGAAGAAGUCGUAGAAAUUCUGAGUGAUACUGAGAACGAGAGCAGUGUGUGGCAAGAGAAAGAAGAGGAGGAGCUGUGAAUCCCUAGCUGGUAGAGUUGGAUUUGCUGUGAUGCCCAGAAGCUGCUUGCCCAGGCCUACCGCAUCUUCGCGCUGCCCUAGACAUUUUUUAUUUAUAUGCUAUGAUUUUUGUUUUACGCCUUUCCUUGUUUUAAUUUUUUGUAAGAGAGAGACUGCAACAGAACUUGGUGUGCUUUACUUAAUGGAACCGUAAUGAUUAAUGUUAAACAAAUUACGCUCAUGGCGUGCACACAUACAGAAUGCAUACACUCCCCCAAAAAGCAUUGUCAGAAACUUUCCAUUAAAAAAAAAAGAAAACCGAAUAUCCCACACCAUACAAGUAUGUAUGAUUAUUGUAUCGAACUUUUUAUAAAUGCUUAUAUAAACGGAUCUAUCCAUUUCUACAAGAAUAACCCGUGUGUGUAUAGAAUAGAACGGACAUGCAUGUCAUUGAAAAUAUCACCACUAUAAAGCAGUAACAACAACAAAAACCACCAAAACUAAAUUAAUGUGUAUUAAACUAUGUAUGUACGUAGUAAUUUAGUUAAAUAUUUACAGAAAAUGUGAACAGUUUCCAAUUGAAAUAAAACGCGAGAUAAAAUUUUGUUUCCCCCAAAA